AUGUCAAAACUAGUUGUCUUUGGAGGAAGCGGAUUCCUGGGAAAGCGCAUCUGUCAAACUGCCGUUGAGAGGGGACUCAGUGUGGUCUCUGUGACCUCUUCUGGCUCGCGUCCUCGCCAAUUGCUCCCGGCCGAAAAGUGGCCAGAUAAAGUUGAGUGGGUCAAGGGCGACAUCUUCAAGCCCCACACAUACAAGGAUCUACUGUCUGAUGCCAAUGCAGUUGUCCAUUCCAUAGGAAUACUCUUGGAAAACCCAAAUUACAAGAAAGUGGUGCAAUCAAAUGACGACAUCCUUGGAGAAAUCUUGUCGUUCUUCAAAACAGCAAAUCCGAUGAAAAAAUCGGUCUUCAACACUUACGACAAGGUGAAUCAUGAGAGCGCAAUUGUGCUUGCAGAAACUCUGCUAGAGGUCAACAAGUCCAAGCCUGCUUUCGCGUACGUUUCAGCAGAUCGUGGAUUUCCUGGCGUGCCGUCUGGCUACAUUGAAUCAAAACGGAAAACGGAAUAUGAGCUCUACCAAAUGCAACCCGCACUCAGACCGAUCUUGCUUCGCCCCGGAUUCAUGUAUGACGAGCAAGCCAGUGGCGAUAGCCGCACCAAACUGAAAGAUCUGCUCCUUGCUGCCGAGCGCGCAAAUGAGACUGUGCUCGGCCAUGUUUUAGACGGGGUGAUAAGACCGCCCGUCAGUACCCAGACAGUGGCCAAAUGGUGCCUUGACCGCAUACAGGAUCCUGAAUUCCACGGCCCCGUUCUUCUGGAUGAAAUGACCCGCCAAUCUGGUGCACGGGUGUGA